CAACUUUCUACUGAAAGCAGAGAGAGAGCGAGCGAGCGAGGAGCGAGAAAGAGGAAAAUGUUGAAGUUCUUGUCAAAGGUGAGAAUCGAAUUCAAUGCCUUAGAUCCACGCACGGCGGCGUGUAUGGAGUUCUUGGCUCAAUGUAACGCCCGCAAGGCCAAGGAAUCAAACCCAGCCUGUCAACUAGUUGUCAAGCGUCGAACAGAUGACCACCCACCGCAGAUCACCGUGACCUUCGUCAAUGGGGUCGAAGAGGUGUUCGACGCCACAUCCACUGCCGCACAGACCAUCCGCGACAUGAUUCUCGAAAAGGGUCAGCUUCUCGAGACCGAGCAAAUGUUUCGCGAAGCCGGCGAGCAAUGGCCCGUCAUCAUUCCCGAAGAAGAGAUCCGUCAACCAGCCCCUGGUACUAAGCCAAGGAAAGCAGAAGAAAAGAAGUAGUAACUGCCACCUUGUUGCGUCAACAUGUUGCUUGGGAUCAUUUUGGUACCUCAGCUCGAUGAUAGCAUAAUUGAAUAAUUCAUUCUAGUCAGAGAGUUGUUAUCAAAUAAACACAAUUCAGGUUUUAGGCUGUCUUUGCUGCUGCCUUGUAUGUUUGCUUCUUUUCUGUGGUGUUAAAUGUUUUAGUUGUAGGCUUGUAGCUAGAUUUUCUGCAUGUCUUUUGGGUCGACUAUUUUAUUUUAUUUUAUUUUUUUAUGAACACACGCAAAGAAAUACAUGGCAG